AUGAAGCCUGAAUAUACUCCCAUUGGCAAUUUGACUCCACAAAAUAAGGCAUACAAAGUUCGGGCAAGAGUAAUUGAGAAGGCAGAACCAAAGCUAUCUCCUAACAAAACUCUAUAUCAAUUGCUAAAGCUAGAGGACAGUGAGGGAAAUCGCAUUCGUGGAACUUUGUUUGAAAAUGAAGUUCAUAGCUUCAAGGGAAUCCUUGAGCUAGGCAGGGAGUAUGAAAUUGCAAAUGCUCCACUAAGAGUUGUUGAUGAGAAAUGGAAAACAAGGGAAGAUGACUGCCAGAUGACCUUUGGAGGGAACACAUCUAUCCAGCCCCUUCAAUCUGAAGCAGGACCUGUGCUUCCUAAGUAUACUCCAAUUGCUUCUAUUCCGCGCACCAGCUCUAAGAGUGAACGCUUCGAUGCCAUUGGAGUAAUUCUAUACAUGGAGCAAGUUAGGCAGAUCAAGACUGCAUCAGGGGCUUCAAUGGAUGUUCGUGAGGUUAUGAUCACUGAUGAUAGUAUAUAUCAACCUCUAAUACUUUCUCUUUGGGGAGGGCUUGCUAUUGAUGGCUGCGAAAAAUUAGCUGCUUGGGCAUCAAUCCCACUCAUUGCUGGUUUUACCUACAUGCGCCCAACAGCUCACAAUGGCUUCUCACUAUCAUCCUCUAUGUCUACAUUAAUCAUACUUGGGUCUUCAGGAGAUACAGCAGAACAUCUCAAGAAAUGGAGUAGGGACAAAAAACCUUACAUAAAUGAGCUAAUGGCUAAAGUUCUGCUAAUCCGUGAACCACCCGUGGAGAGAAUAAUAACUACUAUUGGUGAACUUAAACUGAAAAAGCUUACUGAUACAAUGCAAGAAGAACGUAUAUGGCUCAAAGCAAAAAUCCCUGAACCUGAUGUGAGAAAAAUCAUUGCCUACAUAGGCUGCGACAACUGUGGCUGCCGUUGUGAAGAACUGGCUGGUGAGACCUUUAAGUGUUCCAGCUGCCCAAACAAAGUCUGCACAACCACUGCUAGGGUGAACUACACCUUCACCAUAACUGAUGGAACAGGGGAAUUAAAGCUCGCAGCUUUUGGAGCAGAGUGUGAGAAGCUCUUUGGCAUGAAACUUGCUGACAUAUACAGCAAAGAACACUGGGAUGGCUUUGAUGAAGCAGCAGCUAGACUGUCCACUACGGAGGCUUACUUUUGUGUUUGA